CGUGUCUCGCAGGUGGUAAGGGGCGUAGUUUCCCCCGCCAGCCCCACUAAUUCAAUCCAAACUCUAAGCCCCAGGUUUAGCGAGGGGGCGUGGCCUUUGGGGUGUGCGGGCUCCUGGCCAAUGAGUGUUGUGAAGGGCGUGUCCCGCAGCGGGGCGGGAGUGAAGUGGCGGGGGCUUCUCAGGUCUUUUCCCCCAGCCGGGCUCUGCCAGAUACCAGGGAGCCCCGCUGCUUUCUGUCUCCUUCGCUUGUGGCUGUGGGACCCACCAGGACUGCCUUCCACACAUUGCUCCAGGAUACCCGUGGUCCCCGCGCCUCUGCCUGCCGGACCGGGGUCAAAGACUUCCCAGUCGCUUCUCAUCUCUGAAGCUCCUGCACCUCCAGCUAUUCUAAGACAAGAUGCCGUCGGGCUUCCAACAGAUCGGCUCAGAAGAUGGGGAACCUCCUCGACAGCGAGUGACUGGGACCCUGGUCCUUGCUGUAUUCUCAGCUGUUCUUGGCUCCCUGCAGUUUGGCUACAACAUUGGAGUCAUCAAUGCCCCACAGAAGGUGAUUGAACAAAGCUACAAUGAAACAUGGCUGGGGAGACAGGGUCCUGAGGGACCUGGCUGCAUUCCACCAAGCACCCUUACUACCCUCUGGUCUCUCUCCGUGGCCAUCUUUUCUGUGGGCGGCAUGAUUUCCUCUUUCCUCAUUGGCAUCAUCUCUCAGUGGCUGGGCAGGAAAAGGGCUAUGUUGGCCAACAAUGUCCUGGCGGUGCUGGGGGGCACCCUCAUGGGCCUAGCCAAUGCUACUGCCUCCUAUGAGAUACUCAUUCUUGGACGGUUCCUCAUUGGCGCCUAUUCAGGGCUAACAUCAGGGCUGGUGCCCAUGUACGUGGGGGAGAUUGCCCCUACUCACCUUCGGGGUGCCUUGGGGACACUCAACCAACUGGCCAUCGUCAUUGGCAUUCUGAUCGCCCAGGUGCUAGGCUUGGAGUCCAUGUUGGGCACUGCUACUCUAUGGCCACUGCUCCUGGGCAUCACAGUACUUCCUGCCCUUGUGCAGCUGGUCCUGCUGCCCUUCUGCCCUGAGAGUCCCCGCUAUCUCUACAUCAUCCGAAACCUGGAGGGGCCCGCGCGAAAGAGUCUGAAGCGCCUGACGGGCUGGGCCGAUGUGUCUGAUGCGCUGGCUGAGCUGAAGGAUGAGAAGCGGAAACUGGAGCGAGAGCGGCCACUGUCCCUGCUCCAACUCCUUGGCAGCCGCACCCACCGGCAGCCCCUAGUUAUUGCAGUUGUGUUGCAGCUGAGCCAGCAGCUCUCAGGCAUCAAUGCUGUUUUCUAUUAUUCGACCAGCAUCUUCGAGUCAGCAGGGGUGGGGCAGCCAGCCUAUGCCACCAUAGGAGCUGGUGUGGUCAAUACUGUCUUCACCUUGGUCUCGGUGUUCUUGGUGGAGCGUGCUGGGCGUCGAACACUUCAUCUCCUGGGCCUGUCAGGCAUGUGUGGCUGUGCCAUCUUAAUGACUGUGGCUCUGCUUCUGCUGGAGCGGGUUCCAGCCAUGAACUAUGUCUCCAUCGUGGCCAUCUUUGGCUUUGUGGCUUUCUUUGAGAUUGGCCCUGGUCCCAUACCCUGGUUCAUCGUGGCCGAGCUCUUCAGCCAGGGACCCCGCCCAGCGGCUAUGGCAGUGGCUGGUUUCUCCAACUGGACGUGCAACUUCAUCGUUGGCAUGGGUUUCCAGUAUGUUGCGGAUGCUAUGGGUCCCUACGUCUUCCUUCUAUUUGCGAUCCUCCUGCUUGGCUUCUUCAUCUUCACCUUCUUAAAAGUGCCUGAAACCCGAGGCCGGACGUUUGACCAGAUCUCAGCUGCCUUCCGUCGGACACCCUCUCUUUUAGAGCAGGAGGUGAAACCCAGCACGGAACUCGAAUACUUAGGGCCAGAUGAGAAUGACUGAGGGGCAAGGCAGGGGUGGGAGAACCAGCUUUCUCCACCCCUGAGAUCCCCUCCUUUCCUCUGCAGCACUUUAACCCUCUCUUCCCCAUUACUUCCAGGGUAGAGAAAAAACCCUGCAACCUGGUAGAAUUGGGAAGCUGAAGGGAAGGGUGGUCUAAGCACCCCUUCAUUCCCCUCGUGUGACUCUUUUGGAUUAUUUAUGUGUUGUGGUUAGGCCGUGACUGUCAGGGUGGGCUGUUUUCCCUCUCCUUUCCCACCCCAAACUCCUCUCCAGAAUACAUCCACCCCCUCUAGGGAAGAGGGGCUAGAGAAGAGGUGGCUCUAGACUGGCUUCUUCAGUGGAACAAACUGAAGCAGAAAGCAGGACAUGAGACCAGAAGUUGAGUUUCCCACCACCUUAGACUCCUCCCACAACCUGGCACUUUCACUGAAUUAUUGCCACAUAUACUCUGGGUGAAGGGGGCUCUGUCUUGACCCCUCUAGGGCAAAGGGCUCACCCUCCCCAAAUCUAGCCUCUCCUCCCUCCCUCCAGGCUCAGCCUUUCAGAGUAAGAGGGAAUACAAAGUAUGUACGUACCCUCAUGUGGUGAGAAGGGAGAGAAGGCAUCUGCCUGUAAACUUGGGGCCUCAUCUCAGUUGUUCCCCAAGCCUGCCAAGUGGGGAACCCAGCUCUUUUCUCCACUCCUAUUCUGGAAGGGUGCUGCCCCCACAGGCUUUUGACCAACUAAGGGCAAAAGGGGAUUUGAAUGACUGCCUGUAAACAGUGGAUGGGAGGAGACUUUGGAUAUUUUUGUAUAUGUUUGAAUGGGUAGGGAGCAGAAACCAAAAGGCUGUUGUACUAAAUAUGUAUAUAUAGAUUCAUCUAUAAAGUCACUGUAUGGAGAAGAGUGUCCUGUCAUGGAGGCACUGGAGGAUGGCUGAAACGGGGACUACAAUCCACUUUGCCUGCCCCUCUUCCUCCCUCUGUCUUGCCUCACCUCCAGGCCUCAGAAUCCUCUAGAUGUUGUCACUCAUGCCCUUUUCCAUUACUUUUUAUUGCUUUAAUAGUAAAUGUUCAAUAAACAAUAGCCGCAAGUGCCAGGCACUGCAA